UCGCAUUGGUUAACUGUGUCUUUGCUUCGUUAAUUGCCUGUCGCCGUUAUCACCACCGAGAGUUGAAAUUGACUUCGUGAAGCGAGGAGAAAGAUACUUGAAAUUUUUUGGAAGUGUAUCUCCCUCGUCAAGUUUGCUUUUUUCGAUAGAUAAAGUUGCCACCGAUUAGUAGUUAAGAAAGCAUUUCGAAAGGCAUGGAAAAGUAAAACCAGAUUACUUUAACGUCUCUGCUGGGUACUGUUUAAAUUUAAACGAAACAUUGGAAACAUUUCAGGGACAUUGGAACGAUUAAUGAACGCGUUACAUUUUCAACCAAUGAGAAUUGAACGAUGUUUUCUAUAAAAGCAGAAGAACCGAAUAGAAACGUGAGACGAGCGCGAGACAACAUUGUAUAUGUUUGUAUUUCGACGAAUAUAAAUAGUCUGAAUGUUUAUUUUUCAAUUAAUACAGAUAGUAUAGAUCGUUUAUAUUUUGACGAGUAUAGAUAUUUUGUGUGCUUAUAUUUUAACAAGUAUAGAUGUUCUGUGUGUUUAUAUUGUAAAGAGUAUACGCAUUUAAUAAUGGUUCUCAAAGGUAUUGCAAAAAUAAUGGAAAAAAAAGAAAGGAAACAGGAAAGUAUUAAUAUAAACAAACCGGAUCGAAAGAAAAAGAAAAAGAGGAAGGAGAAUUAUGGGAUUUAUAUCUAUAAAGUACUUAAACAAGUUCAUCCAGAUACAGGUAUUUCGAGCAAUGCCAUGAGGAUUAUGAAUAGUUUUCUGCAGGAUAUAUUCGAGAAAAUUGCUAUCGAAUCAUCUCGUUUGUCCGGAUACAACAAGCGAAGUACUAUUACAUCGAGAGAGAUACAAACCGCCGUCAAGCUUUUAUUGCCUGGGGAACUUGCUAAGCAUGCAAUUAACGAAGGUACAAAGGCAGUUUCUAAGUAUACAAAUACCAAAUAAAGAAAAGAACAUCUUCUUUCACACACUUAAAAUGAUCGGCCCUUUUCAGGGCCACCA